UUGAUGCAUCAGUGUCUCAAUCCAUUUUAAUCUCCAAUUUGUCAACUAAGAUCAUCUUAAAAAUGAUCAAGGAAACCCUUAUCCUGUUAUCAGUGGCCGCAAUUUUCGCAUACGGUGCUCCAGCAAAUGACGGCGAAAACGGACACUCUGACCUUCAGGCUGCUGAGAGUCGAUACUACCCCAACAAUGGAUACUAUGGCAACAACGGCUACUAUAAAAAUAGUGGAUACAACAAUGGAUAUGGCUAUUCGAAUGGUUACCAGAAUUAUGGCAACACUGGAUGGGGAGGAAACUAUAACAGGCAUGGAAAGGGACAUGGAGGGUACGGAAGACAUUGGUAGAAGAUAGAGAGUUUUUUACUGAAGGUCAAAUGUAUAUUCUAAAUGUUCCUUGUGUAUAAAAUAUGUUACAUUG